AUGAAAAGUGAUAAAGACAAGAUUGAUUAGAUUAUCAAUUAAUUUUAUGGAUCAAAAGUUAUUGAAGAAUUAACAGAAGAAGAACGUCAAUUUGAAUUAGUUGUUCAAUAACCUGAUUAAACAUUAAUUUAAAAGAUGCUUGUAUUAUUAAUUUACAUUCAUAUAAUUUAGGAUGAUAGUUUAUAAAAGAGAUAAGAGUUUAUUUAGAGUGUAGAAUGCAAAGAGUAUUCAUAAAUGCUCAUUAUUUCAUAAAUUCGAAUGGAUUUUACAAAUGAUGAUCCAUUUCUUAAACAUUUAAUGAAUGUCGAAAAAGCAAUCAAAAAGGCAAUUAGAAACAUUCUUCUACAAUUAUAGAAAUUAGAUAACAAAUAAUAAUUUAAAGAUGCCUGUGAUAAAUUAAUAAAGAUAUUUUAUUAAGAUAUUAAUAUUGGCUUUAUAACAUCGACAGGAUAAAUUAAAUCUACUGCCUAUGCUUUUAUAUCUAAAUCAAUUAUUGAAUUAAUAAAUAGAAAGAAAAUCAACUUAUAAUUUAAAAAGAUUCCUUUAAAAAUAACCUUAACAUUUUUUGCUAUUGAUUCAUUGUAAUAAAUAAAUCCAAUACACAAACAAUAUGAUCCAAGAACUGCUUUCAUAAGAAAUAAUAAAUUCUUUAAUGAUUAUUUAAUCCUAUCAUAAACCAAUUAAGAUGAAUUAAGAAGUGGAGUAUCUAUAUUUUUUGUCUAUCGUCCAGAAGAUGAUUAAAUUUAUGCUCUCAAAAGGGUAUAUUUAAUUAAUAAUUUAGAGUAAAUUGUAAGCAACUCAUCUAGAUUACUCCUCUGUUUUUUCAACAACAGCUUCAAAUACUCCUAUAACACCUGAUAUCAGAAAAAUUAGAGAAGCAAAAAUAUUAUCAAAAUUAACUCACCCAAAUAUACUUAGGUAUUUAUUAACAUCAAUCCUUAGAUUAUUUGCUUGGUGGAUAGAAUCUACUAAUGAUGGAUAUUUCCUUUAUAUGUAACUUGAAUAUUGUUCUUUUCCUGGUUAUAAAUAUCAACCUACAGAUUUACUUACAUUUUCAUAUUAUUAUUUAAAUGUUAUGUAGAAUUAAGAAAAAAUAAAUAAAAUUAAAUCAAUUUUGAAUUAAAUUUUAGAUGGAUUAGAAUAUAUUCAUUAAAGAGGUAUAAUCCAUAGAGAUUUAAAACCUGAAAAUAUAUUUGUUACAAUUAAUAUAAAGGGAGAUUUAUAAGUAAUUAAUGUUUAAAAUUAACUGGUUAGGUUGCAUUGGCAGAUUUUGAUUAAGGAAAAGAUGUAAGAGAAGAGAAAUUAUCAAUUAUCACUGAUGAAAGAUUACCUGAAGAAGAAUUAAAUUCUAUAAAAAGUUAGAAUACAAUAACAACUGGAACUAUUGGUUAUUAAACUGCUAAUUAUAAUAAAGAUUCACAUUAUGAAAUGGCAGAUGAAUUUUAUGCAAUUGGAAUCAUUUUAUUACAUCUUGUUAUAGCAUUUCCUGGAGAACCAAAAAAUAGAAAUCAUUAUGCAAAGACUUUUGUGAUGGCAGAUUCAAUAAAAGAUGUAUUAUCAUUAUUUGAUUCUUGGGCUAAUAAAUUUGUAAAAAAUAAAAGUUCUGAUUUUUCAUUUACACAUUAUUAAAAUGUAAUGGAACUUGCAAAACUUCUUAUAAGUUCAAGAAAACUAACUCAUGCAGAUGUAAGAAAAAUGAUUAAUGAAUUAUGA